CUUCCCCCACACUGCGCGUCGCAUACUGUGAUCAGCGCUCGGCAAAGGAGAAGCGGAGUUCGCGGACUAUGUGGAUGUGAAACGGAAAGCUCGCUCGUUACCCGAGUUUGCAACAUCUCGCCGUUUUCUGGAAGCUUCUCAGGACGAACAGCAGCAAGAUGCAGUGCAUGUUCGACGGACUAUGUUUGUUCCUUUUGUGUUUGGCGUCCGUCCGCGCGGAGAGCGUCCUGGAUGCUAUGAGGAAUGAUCCCGCGCUCUCUCAGUUCUACGACCUGAUGAAGAAUGACAAACUUCUCUCCGCCUACAACGAUGAGACUCAAAUCACAGUAUUUGCACCGAGGAACGACGCCGUGCGGAACUUCCUCGAAUCGAGACGCACCAUCAACGUUAGGUACCAUGCAGUUUCAUUGAAUUUGGCUGACGAGAACUUGCCAUCUUCUAUCCCGACGAUAGCGCAAGGGUCACCUCUUUUAUACUUGUCGAAAACAGAUGAUAGGUUGUUCUUCGUCAACAAUGCAAAAGUCAUUCGAAAGAGGGAGCUUCACCACAGUGGACAGAGCCAGAAACUCUACAUUAUUGAUGAGGUGCUGGAGGCUUUCGUCCCCACUCAGGGCAUCACACCAAAUGCAUUGGCCUUCCUCAACCAACCGACCAUUUACGGUCUGAAGGAGCCACUAUCAUAUUUCAGUACCCGUGUGUCGUUGACUGAUGAGAAAGCUUUGUUCAGUGAUGAAAAGAGCCAUACGUUCUUCAUGCCAGUAGGCUCAUCAGAACAGUAUAACAGAAUGCGCACAGGCCAGAUAGAUAAUUAUGUAGUAAAAGGUCAUGUUAUUCCAAACCGUGUCCUCUUCACACGAACAAUGAGGAACGAGACAUACAUGUCUGCAGCUUGGGACGAGAAUGUCAAAGUGGAGCUCUCCUUGGCAAACCAAACCGAUUCCUCUGGAGCUGAAUAUACCUUAUUUGCACAGAGCAACACAAUGUCUACAGAUCCUCAAAGACAGAAGGGUGUCGUGCUUGCCAAAAUUGUUAAGCCCAAUAUCUGUGUGAAGAAUGGCGUUGUACACCUCAUUGAGAAACCCUUGAUGGUUGUGGAUACAGCCAUUCUUGACUUGCUGGAACGUGAGCGACAUGGACGUUUAGAAGACUUUAUGAGGCUUGUGGACUACUCUCCCGACUUUCGCAUGGAUCUUGAAAGUAACCAGUUGAAGACCAUAUUCGCACCUACAAACGAGGCUUUGAAAGUGAUUCCUUCAAGGGUCCUCGAUACAUUAAAGGCCAAUACAUCUGGCCUUACAAAGCUGCUGCGGCUGCACAUGAUCAAGAGCGAGGCGGUUACGUCCGAUAUUAUCGUGAAGAGCGGCAAUGGCAGGGCCUUUGAACGAGAAUCUGCAAGCAGUCGUCGUAUGCUCUACAUGCGCGUUGUGGGCCACGAUCAUGGACGCAUACUGACAGUGGAAGGUGGAGGCGUGAAUGCAACUGCCGUACAAGGUGACAUUGGAGCCACAAACGGUGUCGUGCACAUAAUUGACAGAGUCCUUGGAAUGCCUUCUCACACCAUAUAUGAGAAAAUUCACAAUGAUCCAGAGCUCAAGGACACCUUGAGGUUCAGUCAACAUAAGGGAUGGAUAGACACUUUGCGUUCUACAGACAGAAGAUACACCUUCUUUGCACCCAGUGAUAAGGCAUGGCAGGAUUUGAGGCAAGAAAUGCCAUCAGAGUAUUUGCAGCUGUCCAUGGACAAGUACGCAUACCAUGCUGAAAAGAUCAUGGAACGCCACCUGAUUGUUAAUCGGGAGCUGACUGAGCACGAUUUGGAAUCUGUGAACUCGAUUGAGACCAUGCGUGGAAAGAUGGAUGUCCGAAACAUUAAUGGCAAAAUCCACCUGAUGUGGGAAGGCAGGGAUGCCGUGAUUGUUCGUCCAGAUGUCCAAGCCACGAACGGCGUAAUUCAUGUCAUCAGCAAAGUCAUGAUGAUGAAAAGAGAUAUGACAUCUGCCGCAGCAGUUCCAGGAAUCUCUGGAACACUGCUACUUUCAUUGAUGCUCAUGCUCAGGACUGUGAGGCUGAUUUAGGUACCACAGGGUUUUCACAGAUUGUGUCACCCCCCCUGAAAGAAAAACAACACUGUGUUCACUGGCACAGGGCUGACCACAGGAUUCUGAGGUUUAGUUUAAGAGCUCGAUACCUUACAGGGCAAAUUUCAUAGGAAUUACAUGGGGAAAAUGACCAACAAUCGUUUCGUGACUCAAUCCUAGGGGCAAGCAGCCUUGCUGCCAUAGAGAACAUGUUUCCUUGUAAUUCAGGGCACCAUCAUCUCUAAAGCCGCUUGGUGGGGUGCCUCUAGGAAACCAUUUUUGCAAGACUGACAUUCAGCCCUGCAUAUAAGCAACGUUUCGACCCAGUUGUAUAUUUUUUAAAAUCUGUUAAUAUUCUAAGAUGGAUUUAUUUGAAGCCACACUAAUGAGGGCUUCGUGUUUCCGGAAUGCUGACAAGAAGACUGCUACGGGUACUGAACAAAAUGUCUGCGGUCCUGGGUGGGCUUCUCUCCCAUGUUUAGUGCUGCUGUUGCCAAGGUUUCCAUUCCAAUCAACAUGAAGCAUUCAUUAGACUGUGUGCUAAGCAAGUUUAUUUCAUUCUGUACAAUCAUAUGUCACUAGGUCGAAUGUUCUUAUGUAAAUACAAGUGUAUUAUGUCUUCGUACAGGUAAUUUUAUUACUCUUUAUGUUGUGCAUCUUCAAUUUUGGAUUAGCAUUCACUUCAACAAAACCUUUUUUGGUUGUGCUCAUAGCAUUCUAUGGAGAACCUUUCCAUUUUAUCACUGUUUGUUAUAUGCUGUUACAUCCACAGCAAGCAGCUAGAUGUGCACCUCAAUGGGCAAUGGAACAUUAGGGAAUGUGCACGUGUUGUUGUCCAUUAGUGAAAGGUUGCAAACUCUGUUUGUAGUGCAGCAUGGAGUCAGUACUUUGCGAGGACAGUUAACGGAAUGGGAUUUUCAUAUGGUCACAAGUCAUGCUGAAUUGAAUAUCACUUCGUAAAAUCAGACAAUUUUUAAUAAUAACGGGUUCUUGCGCUAAAAAGUGAUGCAUGCAUGUGCUCUGUCCUUUCAGAAAUGCAUACUCUGGAAUUCUAUGAUGGUCUUUCUGAAUGAUAUGUAGAGCCUGAAGUUUUAGGGUUUAACCCUAUUCUUCCCCAAAUUUGCACCUCGAAUUGAAGGUUGCCUCUUUAGUGUGAAACCUGAUUUUUACCCUCACUGUGAGGCGUCUGUAGGAAUGCACACUAACUUCUUUGGCAGCAAAUUCGUUACAUCACCGUUUGUACCAAACCAGCACAGUUAGAGUAACUCAGCCCGAUUUCACCCCGAAUUUAGAAUACUGGAAGUUUUUUCACCUGAAUUCGCAUGAAUUUAGUUACCAGAUUUUUACCCCCUGAAUUUAGAAAAGAAUAUUUCCCAAAAACUUCAGGCUCUAAUGAUACAUAUUGUAGUUAUGUUUGCAGAAGACUGGAGACUGGUGGAAUAGGUCUUUACUGAAGAAUUGUUCCACAAAUGCUUUGUGUACAGUAGAACGUGUUAAUGUCAUGAAACCUUUUUCUUUUCUAUGCUCAAUUCAAUUGCUAUUUUACACAUAGUAUAUUCAUGCAUAUAUAUAAUUCCACUUUCAUAUGCAUCAGAUGUUAACUGUGUCAGCUACUACAGACCUAUGAUGCGGGCUGUACCUUACUGGCUUCUGUCGUCCCAUUGCUGUUUCUGUAUUUCAAUUUUUCAGCAGAGACACAAAGCUGUUGGUGUGUCCCUUCAUUUAGUUGAAAAUGUUGAUAAAUUUCGAUUUUUCAUCAGAUUUUCUGAACUAGUGCAUAUUUGCCGAAGUUGUGCUGACCAAAGAUAAUAUAGACAGAUGGAUAUAUAUUUAUGUAAAGUUUGUUGUGUUUGUAAUGAUGUGCAUGAAAUAUCCAAGGUUUUCUCCUAAUUCGAUGUGCUGAGGUAUAUGGUCCCGACCUGUGUAAGACAGAAUGUCAGAGUAGUGAACAGACUAUAUAUGAUAAGAUAUUGCUAUAAUGAAAGCUCAGCGCCUUUUUCUGAUUGUUUGCUGCACCCACUUGAUCCCAUGUUUCCUAUAUCUUCCUCUCUCUCUGUAUAUCUUUGGAUUAGUUGUCGUUGUGUAUGCACACCCCCAUAACACUGUUUUGAUUUUAACGCUACUCACCUUUGACUUUGUGUUUUUCAAGCAUUCCGAGAUGUUUCGAGGCCUACAGUGUACAGAAAGUAACUUGACAAAACUGCCACUGGUGUCGAUAUACAAAUGUAUGUACGUUUACUUCAGAACAUGUCUCAGUUUGGCAAUUGUGGUGGAAAGGCCCGCUUGACACUGUAGGAGGUGCAAAUGCAGACCAUCGAUACUAGGAGGAAGCGUAAGAGUAUUUCUGAUACUUACAAGAAAACUUAAAUAACACUGCCAUAUAAUAUUUGAAGUGUCGUGGGUCCGUAGGACAAAUUCUCACCUGAUGCAUCACAGCUCAUUUUUCGUGGUUGUAGGGGGCGCUACGGGUUAGGAAAGGUCUCGUGUUUUCACAUCACAGUGUAUGUGAACGUGUAAUAAUCAUCACGUUCUUUUGUGACAGGAACGAGACAUCCUUAGCGUCCUGCACUAACACAGAAUCGUGUGCGAGGGUUGCGAGACGAAACAAGCAAAGGGGAAGAAAGGAAAAACUGAGCGCGUUGUCCAUGUCAACUUUUGAGAUGUUCGCUUUACUGUACAUCCAUGCUAAUGUCUGCAAUGUGAACACAAUGUGGCACUUGUACGUUUUUGAAAGAUUCAAGGUAUAACAGCGGCAAGAUGGUAACUACUACGACAUGGAGAUUAACUCUUAUCGUAUAGUUCAUCACUGCAUGCUGUCUUUCUGCCAUGUUACAAGAUGUCAUGAUAAUGAAGCAUGACAGCUAUGGUACAAAACAUGAAUUGGGGAAAUGGCAGUAGCAUUGUGCUACUGAAGCUACUGCAUCUAGAGAACUGUGUGCCGUUAUGGGCUUACGCCCAACAGUAAAUAAUAAUGGUUGAGGGUCUUUGUCUUAUUGGCAGUCCUGUCUCUUCAGAACAGAAGCCCGACAAUUUCUGCGAGAUUUGAUAUUCCUUGCUUCUCACUAAACUGCUGUGUCAUCUAUGAUAUAUAACCUAGUCUACAUGCUUCUAUAGAAAGGGCCCUUUCACUAUGAGUGCAUGAGAUAUACAGAGUAUCUUCGAGAAAGAAAAACAAAAAUAAAAACGUGCACAUGCAUCCGC